AUGCCGACGACGUCGUCGUCGCAGGAGUUGGCAAGGCAGCUCCGAGGCCAUCGCCGUCAGUACAACAACACGCAAAGCCCCGAGGAUGUCGUCCAGAUGCUGCUCUUAGCAGCUCCAGACGCCGGGCGCCCUCCGCCCGAGAUCGUGGGGGCUGCUUUGAAGGCCGCGGGACUUCAGACAAGUGACGAGAACUUGAUCCGUGCGCUUCAAGAGGCGGCUGGAGCACGCGGUGGGAAUCCACGCAAGGAGGAUCUGGACCGCGCCCGAGCAGGGGCACACGAGUACCAGGCCAUACCCAGGGAUUUGGGCGGCGCGGCGGGCAGCCAGGUGGCCGGAGACAAGAAAAUCGACCGCCCGAUGCCGGAGAUCAAGUACAACACCCCAUCCACACCCGCCAUCACCUUCAACAACGCCUUGGCUCAGAUGAAGAAGCCUGUCCAGGCCAUGCGGAUCCUUGAGGGCAUGCGCCUGGGGAUGCCGGACGUGGCGACCCUCCCGAGGAUGGACGGAUUUGACCCCGCGAGCUUCCUCCCGCCGCAGACUCCCGAGGAUGUCGUCCGGACGCUGAUGCAGGUGGUGCCCGAUGCUGGCUCACCACCUCCUGAGGUUGUCGGUGCAGCUCUCAAAGCUGCGGGAAUUCCAGCGACGGACGAGAAUGUGGAAAAAGCGUUGAAAGAGGCACUGGGAUCUAAGCCCAGCAGCCAGGACAUGGCCGCGGCAAGGGCCGCUGCCGCCGAGUACAGCACGGCCGGCGCGGGUGACGGCGCCGUUGCCAGCGACCUCAACGACCUCAGCAAGCUAGGCUACCCCAUGUUCACAGAGGACCUGGGAAGCAGCAGAAGCAGCACUGCCAAGGCCCCUGGCCGAGGAAGCCAGGCGCAGCCAGAGGAGGUCAUCAAGGCCCUUCUUCAAGCAGGGCCUGGGUUGGGCCAGCCGCCCCCCGAAGUGGUGGGCCUUGCCCUUCGUCAGGCGGGCGUGUCGGUCGAUGAGGAUGUGGUGACCCGCGCUCUACGAGCCGCCGGGGACAAGAACCCCUCAGUGCGAUCUGUCCGUACCGCCCUGGCCGCCGCGCAGGAUGACGAGUGA